AUGCCCCAGCUACACCUGCAUCCACUACCCAAUCCAUACCCAACCUUUGCCAUGCAAGCCUACUCAAUCCAUGAUGCGCAACUGGUUUGCAGCAUGAGGGACCAGGCCAUCACCUUGCUGUUGGCAGCAUUAAGGCACAUUAGGGUGCUAAUUGACACAGUGCCACAGCCCGAAGAGAGCUUAGAGGCAAUAUAUGAGUGGGCAGAGGACUGGGACCAGACCUGGGCUGGGAUCUACUCAUGGUGGAAGUAUGUUCAUGAGAACAAGAUUUCUAUCCUGAAGGUGUGCAAUGCCAACCUAUGUGACAUGACCAAGGAAUCUGCGAUAUGGCAGAAUGAAGUGAUCCCUGCAGCGAUAGCAAUAGUGGAUCUCCAGUGGCCAGAAGGGCAGUGUAGGUUCAACAUCAAUGACCUUUUCAAGGACUACCAGGAGUGGGUAGAGGAGAGAGUGUGGAUGGAGGCCAAGAGGUUGGCCAAGGCACCAUCCAUGCACACCUGGGGCCAAGCAGCAAGAGGGAAAAGGGAAGCAGAAGGUGCACCCUAUGACCUUGACAACUCCAAGCAUGCAUGCUGA